AGGAAAAAGAAUUUAUUCUAAUGGCAAAUCGUAUAAUAAAUUAAUGAUUACUAAACGUAUAAAUGAUAUUCAUUCAUUUGUAACUUAUUUGUAAAUUAAUAAGAUCCAAAAAUACAAAAUAUAGUGAAAUCGGAAUUAAAUUAAAAAAUAUAUGUACAAAGUUGACUCAACACUGACUCGAGCUAUUGAUAAGAAAUAUAAAAUGCUAUCAGUUGUUCUAUAGUGGUUAUAGAAAUUAUUGAGUUCAUGUAAUAUUAUUGAUCCAUUAAAAUCCAAGUUUAUAUUUUUCCAAUGCAAUCAGCUGUGACAACAUGGCGGUCAUGCCGUAUAUUACUUGUCCGAUUUAAAUUAAGACACGCGAUCCAGAAACGGAACUGCAGUUAUUUGCAUUCACUGCUCGUGUAAACGGCUGUAAGAAGACUGUACUUUUUUCAUUAACAAGAACUCGUGUUACCGAAUUCUUUCACUGAUUCAGUGUGGCGCCAGAGAUCGGUCGCUAAGGGAACGGAACGAACUUGAGGACCGUUUUUUUGAUAAUUACUUCAAGGUUGCUGUUUAUCUUUUUUUAUUAUAAAAUACAAUUUUGUAAUAAAAUUUAAUCUAAAGCAAUCUCCACAUAUUGAAAACAAAAGUCUCCGAAUUUUUUAAAUAUUUUAGAAUAAUUUAUUAUAAAAAAAUAAAAAAGAUAUAUGUAACAGCAUGUAAAAGAAAUGUGAAAAGAAAGAUUGAAACACCAAGUAGAAAGUAAUGCCCUAAAUACAACGAUCUUAAUACAAUAGUUGAGAAAGAAAUUUAAUGAAGUAUCAAAGAUAAAAAUCAAGGUUGAAGAUUAUUGUAAGAUUUAAUGUAUUGUAGUUAAAAGAUAACGAGACAAGACAGAUGCCUUAAAGUUCAAACAUAUAAGAACAUAAGUGAUAAAAGGAGAUGACAUCAUUGUAUACAAAAAUUAAUUUGUACUGUGUACUAAGCAGUACUGUUUGUAAGAUUACUGGCAAAUAUUUCUAAUAUGAUUAACACAAAAGUCUGUCAUUUAUAAGAAGUUAACUUGUCAUAAAAUCGUGCAGUGCAAUCACAGAAGUUCUACAGAUCACAUAAAAUGUAUACCUUGUAUAGUUUCAAUAGUAGAGGACUUUGAAGUACACGUGUUGAAUAUUGUAGAACGUGGAUAUAAGUAACUCCGAUUUUACAUUAAAUAAGAAAGUGAGAAAUUAAUAAUAGACAUGAUAAACAAUCAACAUUGUGUUAUUCUUAAUUCUGGAGAGACCAAUAAUUAUCACCAACCGGUCUCUGCAAAACCUUCUGUUGUUUCUGUAUCAAGUAUUGAUUCUGAUGUAAGUGACAGAAGAGAUGUACGUGAAGAACUUUAUGCUGGGAUCUUCAGAAGACACAGGAAGACCAUACUUGUGUUAGGCAGUUUUCUCAAAAUGUUAAGGAGAUACUUGGAUAGAUUGCAUGCUCUGAACCGAAUAUAUGCCUUAAUUGCUUUACAUUUUGAUAUUGUCAUACAACAAAAGUUUUGGUGAAAUCAUGAAAUUCUAAUUAUUGUAAACAUGUCUGUUUAUAUGUACUUCAAGUUAAUUUAAAUAGAUAUUUUCAAGACAUAAAA